AUGCACGAAGUUGAUUAUCGUUGCUAUUCAGGAGACUUUAUUAGUAAUCUUGUGAUCGCAAUGACGAUGGUUGUCACUAGCCCAUAUCUCUGUAAAAUCGAUCGAUUGCCUAUUGGAGUUCUCGCUUUCGAACGAGCAAUGUGCUUCAUUUAUGAUCGACCGACUCACUCAAUUAUGCUUCUCGACACUCAUAUGCAUUUCAAGGGAAGAGCUGGAAGUGUUCUCUGUGUCGCAUCAUUCGAAAACAUCACUGAUUUCGUUGUUGCAGUGACGAAACUCGUGUUUCAUGAAGUUUGCAAGUCUGCAGAUUAUAUUGGGCAAUUCGAAAUCACUUGUUUGAUGCUCACAAAUUUGAUGAAUAAAGUACACAAAGGAAACAUUUUUGUGCCAAUAAAGCCGAGUAUGCCGAGAGUUCAUUCUGCAAGACCAUUGAGACCAAUUCGGAUAAAAGCAAAAAAAAUGGUUUGCGUUGGCCACGAGAAUGAGGACGAAGACAGUGGAUACGAAAGUUCUAGUUGA